GGUGGAAAUGGGUCAUGACAGUGUUUGUUUUUUUUUAGCAUGCGGGUAGUCAGCAUGGCUUUCCUUGCUCUUGAUGGGGUGAGGAGCGCUGGGAGACGGACCCAGUUGGAUCGAUCACCAGCGUGCACGAGCUUCGUUGAAGGUCUGGAGUUGGUCCACUUGCUAGUUGCAUUUGAAGGUCGGAGAGCUGGGUUCGUUUUCUUGAUGCAUGCUGUUCACAACAUCGGUUGGAAUGGGUCUCGGAUGCUUUGGUGUCAAGUCGCGGAUUCUGCACUGGUAGGAACUGGGGUUCGCAGGAGAUUCUGCAGUAAGAAGUAUGGUUCAUGAAGUGUUCCACAUUUCGAGGUGUGGAAUUGUCGCAAGUCUGACCCCGAGAUUUGCUGAAACUGAUCGCCCAGGCACAGGGUUUAUCUCGGGACAGUUUGGGCGGGAACCAGGAAAGUUUCGAUAGUCGAUUUAAGUUCGUAUGGUGUAUUAGGUGUGAGUUGAAUGUAUAGGGCAAGGAAAGAAUGCAGCAGGUUUGGGAGCUCGUGGAAGGUUAGCAUUCAGCCGAAACGCCUGCGAAUGUGAAGAAAUAGUGAGAAUGGGGGUUUUGUUUUACAGUCGCACCUCAGAGGAGGUGCUUGUCCAGCAGCGGAGUGAAUGGUCUGGCGUGAAGAGACGCUUGAGACGAGAGGACUGUGAAUAUGUCAAACACGACAAGCUUUUCUCCAAAUGGAAGAUUCUAGUAGGUCCUUCAGACUGGAGCGAACAUUCGGCGGGGAAGGAUGGUAUAGACAGAUACCAUCUUCACAACCUUCCGGCCUCUCAUUUUGGGCCAGGAGUUUAUGAACUGGGUGUGACAGCUCCGUCAUGGACUCCAACCUCUCACAGUCAGCGUAGACGGAGCUUGAAAAGGGAGGAUGUUUUGGCCGUGUACGUUGGUCAAGCUGAUAAUAUCCGUCAACGUCUCCAGCAAUAUGGGCAGGCGGGUUCGCACCUUGAAGGUUCAGGAUCCACAAAAUACUGUCGAGGAAACGACGACUCAGUAUCUUGCGGGAGCAGUAGCAGUCUCCGCUCACAAAGUGGAGAUCAGAGUGGAGUAAAGAGAUCUAAUAGCAGUCCUCGCCUUUUUUCGGAGGUUUUUGCUCUCGGCAGUUCUGUUGCUUUUCGGUGGGCACAUACAGAUAGUAAAGUAAUGGCUGAGCAAGUGGAAUCAGAACUUCUGGCUGUCUUCGACUACGCGUGGAAUAAAGGCAGCAAUGGCAACCGCCGUUCUCGCGACAUUCUUGCCAAGCUUUUCAUGUCUUGGCCUACUAAUGAUCCCUUCUGCAAGCCCGUUUUUUCGGGCAAGAAAUUUCUCCUUUGCGGCACCAAUGCUGUAGGCAUCAAGGUAGCCUUGCGGAAGCCUCAAGAUACUUCAUCAAAUUCGAACAAAAGCAUGAUAAAUACAAACCCGUGCUUUUGCAUGCAGAUGCAAUCUCCUGUCCCAGCGAAUGUCCUCACUCCAGGGAAGACGGCCUCCAUGGAGCUCAGGUGCGGAGUGCUAACAGACAAAGGUAUACCUUGUGAUGUUGCUCCCGUCAAAGGCCGUAAACGUUGCCUACACCACAAAGGAAUGCGAGUUAGAGGGGUUCCAGCCGCAGGGCAUCCUCCUCUGGUCAAGUAUACCAUUAUGGAUGACAGCAUGGGUAGGGUGAAACGGGAGUCUGUGAAAGUUGGUGAAGGCUCAGUUUGUUUACCAAUAGGCCUCCAAUCUUUUUUCUCAGCCAAGACCAGAAUAGAUCGCAACAAGGUCCCUGAAGACGAGCCCGGGGAGAGACGGCCACUUAGCCUUUCCUUCAAUACCUGGAUGAAAGUGGAGUCGGAGCGAGUUCACGACGGCUUAGAUUCUUCAUGGAGCUGUCCCAACGGUGAAGUGAAAUCUUCUCUCAUCUCGCUCUACAAGGCUUCGAAACAAGACAGGGGGCAGCAUUCAGGAAUAAAUGCAAUUCCAAACAGGAAAGUUCGACAACCUAGUUGCAAGUAUACUCCCGUUCCCGUCGAUGAUAGUAAGAGGAGGUAGACUCUUUGAAGUGCACUAGAUUUCAGAAGGUUUGGUGUAAAUUGUUAGGGGUUUUUGUUAGCGUGUUUUUUGCAGACAUCUAAUGACAUCAAACAAAAUUUGAAGGAUUUGGACAUUGACUAUC